AUGACCCGUUCUUACUCUGGCAAUGGGAGGUCCGGCGGCAGCUACAAUGAGGAGGAGGUCAGCUCUUCGAAUGGCCGCUUGGAGAGCAGCAACUACCUCUCCAAUGUCAGGCCUGAAAACAGGUAGAUCACCUCUUCUUACUUGUUUCAGUGUGACGCUGGGCAUUUUAGUGCGACUCUGUCCACCACACACAUUCAUUAGAUAUUUCAGCCAUCUCAACAUAUCUGUGAAGGGUUUCAUAAAGUCCAAAAUGCUACAUGGCAAGUAAUAACCAAGUAACAGUAUUUCAGCAUUCUUAAGAAAAGCACAACUCUUAGAAGACCAGUAAGAAUUCCUUUUGUAGCCUACUUUAUAAAUACAACAGAGUCCCGUGUAAGACAAUCUAAGACACAAAACCACCAAUAUGUCUGAUGGGCAGCCUUUAUUUGCCUUCUCUCUGAAUAGCUACUCAAGGUAUUCUCAAUCCAGGUCAUUGAGGUAAUGCAUACAUUUACAACAUCCAUUCCAACUAACAUAUUAACCACACAUCCCGGUUUACCCCCAAGAGUGAAAAAGCAAAUCUACACCUGUUUUUUAACAAUGCUGUAAGUGAACAUGUUAUAUUGACUUUGAUGUUAUUGAACAUUGACGUUGAUAUACAAUUUCAUUGAUAUGACGUUGUUGAAAAUAUAACUUUGUAAGUACUGUUACCAUGUCACUUUUUCAACUGCUGAGAAAUGUUAAAUGUUUGAGAGAGCAAUCUCAAUCUCCCUUCAUAAUCAGUAAUGAUUAGUAACUGCCUUCUUUCCCUGCCUGGAAUAAACAAUGUACAGAAUAAGGGUUGGCUAAAAGAUCCUUGAAAUAUUGGCUUUCUUAUUGGAAAGUACUUUAGCACAUGCCCUGAAGAACAGACACUAAAGCUAAAGCACCCUUUCUCUCUCCAGGAGUACAUUGUUUGGUGUGAUGGCUCAGCUGACUGAGGACACCCAGCCUGUAUUUGAGACCACUGUUAAAUCCAAGGCCGUGUCAGAGAACUGUAAUGUGAAGUUGACAUGUGUGGUUACAGGUAGGCCUACCUCCCUCAGAGUUGUGUAUGUGUGUUGGAAUGCAUUAGAUAGUUAUGAGUUGAGGAUUGGUAUUACAAAUUAGUCAUUCUGUGGUUAGUUUGAAAAUAAAAGCAGAGAAACAAACCUACUUCUAAACAGCGAUGCAAACAUGAAUUGAGAAGGGCGAUAAAUGAUGAUAAACGUAGACUUUUGCUCUUCUUGCGGAAGACAAUGCAAAGAGAAAAGUUACUUCAAAAUGCUUAUGACUGCUUAUGAAUGCUUAUUCUUAUGUUUUAUUCUAAAGCCCAAACCACCCCGACCCCCUGACCAACGAGUUCAAUGCUUCCUUCAAUACUCCCCGCUAGGCAAACAGUUCGACCAUAUCAUUAAAAAACACUGGCACAUCUUGAGCUCGUCACACUGAGAUACAUUGGUAUCGAACAUGUUAAGACUCCUAGGAGGGGGGAGAUACUGAAUAUCUAUUACUGAGAAGAGAAUUGUAUUGGAUUCACUGUUUGUCCACCAUGUCUACUAAAGGUCUGAACCAAGAGUUUGAUAUCAGACCAUUUCUUACAGGAAUAUGUCACGUUGAUUAGACCUGCCAUCCAGGUCUCCACUUGGUCAUUUUGUACACAUAUUACAUUUUUUGUAACUACUACAUGUGCCCAUCAUUGAUAUCAAAUUAUUAGAGGUACACAAGUUGUUUUUGAUAUACACUAUAUAUACAAAAGUAUGUGGACACCCCUUCAAAUUAGUGGAUUUGGCUAUUUCAGCCACACCCAUUGCUGACAGGUGUAUCAAAUCGAGUACACAGCCAUAGGAUGCCAGUUCGUCAAACUUCUGCCCUGCUAGAGCUGCCUCGGUCAACUCUAAGUGCUGUUAUUGUGAAGUGGAACCGUCUAGGAACAACAACGGCUCAGCCGCGAAGUGGUAGGCCACACAAGCUCACAGAACUGGACCGCUGAGUGCUGAAGCGUGUAGAAAAUCAUCUGUCCUCGGUUGCAACACUGCCUCUGGAAGCAACGUCAGCACAAUAACUGUUUGUCGGGAGCUUCAUGAAAUGGGUUUCCAUGGCCGAGCAGCCGCACACAAGCCUAAGAUCACCAUGCGCAAUGCCAAGCGUCGGCAGGAGUGGUGUAAAGUUUGCCUCCAUUUAACUCUAGAGCAGUAGAAACACGUUAUCUGGAGUGAUGAAUCACGCUUCAACAUCUGGCAGUCCAACGGACAAAUCUGGGUUUGGUGGAUGCCAGGAGAACGCUACCUGCCCCAAUGCAUAGUGCCAAUUGUAGUUUGGUGGAGGAGGUAUAAUGGUCUAGGGCAGUUUGUCAUGGUUCGGGCCAGGCCCCUUAGUUCCAGUGAAGGGAAAUCUUAACACUACAGCAUACAAUGACAUUCAAGACGAUUCUGUGCUUCCAACUUUGUAGCAACAGUUUGGGGAAGGCCCUUUCCUGUUUCAGCAUGACAAUGCUCCCAUGCACAAAGCAAGGUCCAUACAGAAAUGGUUUGUUGAGAUCGGUGUGGAAGAACUUGACUGGCCUGUACAGAGCCCUGACCUCAACCCCAUCGAACACUUUUGGGAUGAAUUGGAACUCCGACUGCGAGCCAGACCUAAUCACCCAACAUCAGUGCCAAACCUCACUAAUGCUCUUGUAGCUGAAUGGAAGCAAGUCCCUGCAGCAAUGUUCCAACAUCUAAUGGAAAGCCUUUCAGAAGAGUGGAGGCUGGUAUAGCAUCAAAAGGGGACCAACUCCAUAUUACUGCCCAUGAUUUUGGAAUGAGAUGUUCGACGAGCAGGUGUCCACAUACUUUUGGUCAUGUAGUGUAGGUUACUGUAGUUAUAUCUAUGGCCACCACGCGUCCUGCGCAUAAUGGUCAUAUGGGCGGGUACUACAACGUAAUCUCUUUUUUUUUUUACUGUUGCCUAGGUUUUAACUUGGACACAUUUGUAUGUAUAGAAUCCAUUAUGACCAUAUGUACCUCUAUGACUAAUUAUGAUUGACUACGGGCAAAAGUUAACUGAAUUCUUUCCACACCCACCAUGCGUCAUGUGUGUAAUGGUCAUGUGAGGUGAAAUAUGUAUAUUUUGGGAUGUGAGCACUCAGUCCGUUUCAGAUCAAAGCGUAGUCAAUAAAGCUGUGACGAGUACUGAUGAUACGAAGAGGCAGGACGCAGAAAUCAACAAUGUAAAGGUUUACUUAACACUGAGCAAGAGAACAACAAAGCGCGAGUACACGACAAGACACUAACAAUCACACACAACACAACACUGAACAGUCCAGGGCUAUAUAGGGGUGGUGAUGAGCUAACGUUGGGUUUCCAUUCCGGUGUUGCCGAGGUGGUGCGCUCAGACCGGUGGCUCAGUAGACCGGUGAAUCAGAGCGCUGGAGGGGAGCGACGGGAGGAAACGUGACAAAAGCAGUGAAUUGGGAGCAUAAACAGUGUGCGGGCCUUCCGGUUCUUUACAAUUAUUCUAAAGCGUAUUUAGUAACGUAAAAAAAAAAAAAAAACAGUACAAAAAUAAAGGCAGCUGAGACUAAAUUAUCAAUGGCAUAAUGUAGGAUUAAAAAUCUAAGUAGGUUUUGCUGUUGCCUUCCCCACGGCACUUGGGUUGGCUGCUUUUCAACCACAGCAGUAAAACUUGUGGCCUUGCAUACUGCUAUGAUGCAACAGUCUGAAACAUGCCUUUGUUCCUAUGUUUAAAUUAUUAAUUAUUUCAUAAGAUGCAUGAAAAUAACUAGUGGCUGCUGUGUGCAAAUCUCAAGAGUAACCAGUAUAUACACAAUUAGGAUCAUGAGGUGCAUAAUCUUAAUGAGAGAUAAACAUGAAACUAUCAAUAUCUUAUCAAAAAUAGAUUUAUUUUAGUAUUAAACCAAGUCAUUAUAUUACACUGUAUGUCUGUGAUGUACCAUCUCCAUGUGAUGUCCACAGGUAGCCCAGCCCCAGAACUGACGUGGUACAGAGACGACAUGGAGUUGGACCGAUACUGCGGUCUUCCAAAAUAUAAAAUUGGCUGCAAUGGAAAAGCCCACACACUCCAUAUUUACAAGUAAGUAAGACAGAGAAAACCAUACACCAUUUACACCAGAUAAUACAUGUCUGGAAAUUCAACAAUUACAAUUUGGGUUUUAGAUUUGUAUUUGUGCUCAAUGCUGCCUGCACAGUUCCCUAAAUUAUUUGAGUCUCUCUCUUUGCAGCUGCACAGUGGAUGAUGCAGCUAUCUAUCAGGCUUCAGCCAGGAACAGCAAAGGCAUUGUCUCCUGCUCUGGGGUUCUGGAGGUGGGCACCAUGAGCGAGUUCAAGAUCCACCAGAGGUUCUUUGCCAAGCUGAAACAGAAGGCAGAGAACAAGAAGAGGGAGUUGGAGGAGAGCAGGAGAAGGGGCAAGGAGAACGUCCAGAAGGAGCCUCGGGAACAGCAGCCUCUCUGGAGCGGCCCGAUCCCCUCUCAGAGGAAACGCCGGGCCUCAAGCGUCCCCUCCUCACCACCAGAUGGGGAGGAGAUCACAGUCAGCCAGAUAGCACCUGCUGUUGUAGAAUCUCCAGUAACACCUACAGAGAAUGGGAGCAAGACUCCCAACAGAGAAACCUUGGCCAAAAAUAAAAUAAAGGUUUCAAAUGGUGUAGAUUCUGGGGUUGUCAGCAGUAGUCAUACAGGACCGGGCAGUAAUCAUACAGGACCGGGCACCGGUGAAAAUUCAUAUGAUGGAGGGAUAAGUUUGUCUCAAUUUCUGGCAGAGACCCUUCAUUCACAGACUGCUGAAGAAAAGAUCCCUGCACAAGUGGAGGAAACAUUGGCAGUGGAGGCAAUGGAUACUAGUGCUGCAGAUCCUGAAACAGAUGUGGAAAAACAAAAAGAGAGAGAGGAGAAGGGGAGAGAGAGGGCGGAGAGAGAGAGGGCGGAGAGAGAGGGGGCGGAGAGAGAGGGGGCGGACAGAGAGGGGGCAGAGAGAGAGGGGGCAGAGAGAGAGAGGGCGGACAGAGAGGGGGCGGAGAGAGAGGGGGCAGACAGAGAGGGGGCGGAGAGCGAGAGGGCAGAGAGAGAGAGGGCGGAGAGAGAGGGGGCGGAGAGAGAGAGGGCGGAGAGAGAGGGGGCGGAGAGAGAGAGGGCGGACAGAGAGGGGGCGGAGAGAGAGGGGGCGGACAGAGAGAGGGCGGACAGAGAGGGGGCGGACAGAGAGAGGGCGGACAGAGAGGGGGCGGAGAGAGAGAGGGCGGACAGAGAGGGGGCGGAGAGAGAGAGGAUGCUUGGAGAACUGGAAAGAGAGAAAAUGAGAGGGGGAGAACUGCCAAUUGAGAGAGAAAAAGAAAGAGGAAGAGAGACAGAACAGUUGCAUAGGACAACAGCACAUAACAACAGUGCCUCAGAGGUCAAAAUGGAGGCUAAGACGCAUGCCCACAAGGAGGGAGAUCAUCACGAUCACCACCACAUGCAGGAAACUCUUUCCAAUGUGCUCCACUCAGUCAAAUACUUUUUCUUUGGUAAGAGCAAGAAGGAUCAUGCUUCUCAUGAUCAUCAUGUGAAAGGUCAGGAGAGAGAGAGGGGUCCUCCAGUAGUCCCAACACAGUCAUACCCUAGCCUUCCCCAUCCACAGGAGCCAGAUGGUCAACCAGAGGUGUAUAAAAACCCCACAGAGGAGACAGUACCUAUGGAGGUAGAUGGGCCACAGAAAUCCCUGAUAACUCUGGUACCACACCAGCAGCCAGAUUCAUUGGAGCGGUUGAACCCAGAUGAACACAAGCAUGGAAUUACUGUUUCACACCCAGAAGAACCCCCUUCAGCUCCCCAAAAAGCACCAGAGAGUGUGCCUGAUUCACUGGAGCAUGUUGAGCAGAGGGCCAUGUAUGUAUGUCCGGAGGUGAUCAGCAACAGUACAGAGACAGUGCCCAAGUCUGGCCCUCCAGCCCUCAGUGAGGUGAGUUGUGCCUUGUUGCUUCUGAGAUCACAUUGA